AUGGACUGCGCGGCAAUUUGCCUUCUCACGACUGCGGUGCAGUUCAUUCCGCUGCCAUCGACAAUUAACUGCACGUAUUGCGUUGAAGCUAGAUCAACUUAUGAGCAUUGCUUCAAAGAUGUCAUCGACUGCGCAUACCGUGAUCCCAGCUCUUUAAUUAUUUGCCUCAAUGUUUAUGAGAAAAAUGGAGGAGACCCAGCAAUUAUUCAACAUACAAUCCGAUGCAUUUCAUAUCAAGACUAUUACGUAGAUGACGAAUCAAUCCGACAGGUUAGCAGUGGGGGCUCGUGUGCGUUCGAGCAUAUUCAAAAAUGCGAGUGUGAUGUCUGCAGAUCGCCGACAACGACCACCACAAUUCCCGAAACAACCACACUUAUCCAUUCGGGACAUAGAAAGAAGCAUCACCAUCAUCAUCACCACCACGAUGAAACUCAUAAUCAUCACAAGCACGACACUUUGGUAUUCCCCAACAAUUCAUUUGCCCAGAAAUACCGAGACAGCGGCUAUUAUUUGAUGUCGGCCAACAAUAAUAAUAUAAUGCUUAUCAUCACAUUUUGUAUACUUCUCUUUAUUCAAAUUUAA